AUUGAAAUGCACGCGGUGCUUCGUUGAGAGCGAGCCACGCCGGUUUGUCUUAAAAUAUAAGAAGCUGCUUUUAUCGGCAGUAGAAUAAUAAGCCCAUUUAUUUCAUAAAUUGAUUGUGAUAAAUUGUGACUAGACAGUGAUAUUGAACUGUUCGUGUUGUUAAUGAAAAAAGUUUACUAUUAUACUUGUUGCUGAUAAGUGAUGCGUAACAACUAAGCAAUGGGUCAGACGGAGGAGCGUGCGCAUAGCGUGCGAAGAUCUCCCGAGCUGCCGCCACUUCCACCACCAAUACAACCAUGUAGCGGAUUUCUCGGCAACGGCAAAUCCGUUAUACGUCCGAUAGCGUUCAAGCCGCUAGGCGGGCGCCUCUCUGCAGGCGGAGAGCGGUAUGGCUCCACGCCAGUGCUAGCGAGUCGACCGCCAUCACUCAUGACCCUAUAUGGCAGUUCGUCGGAUGUCCGCGAGGCACGUUGGUGCGGGUCGCCACAGCCAGCGUCACUCUCCGCUUUACCACCCGCCACGCUUUCCGCUCCGCUCCAUCAACGACACCAUUCCGCUAUUAUGACAAAAUCGAGUUCAGGAUUGGGUUCCGAGUGCAAAGAGCCUGUGCCGGCGCCCUCACCUGCUGACUCUGGUGUUUCUGAAUUGGAGCGGGAUCACCAUGACUACAGUUCAACGGACCGCCUGCGCGGGCACGACGUGCGCCUGCGAGCGCCGCGCCUCAUGCUGCAGAGCUACGGCGCGCGGUCGCGGGACGAGCGCGACGCCGAGCUGGCGCGCGUGCGCCGCGACCGCGCGCUGCUGCGCCAGCGCCUCGAGGACACCGAGUGGAGCCUGUGCCAGCGCGCCGGCGAGAUCGCGCUGCUCAAGACGCAGCUCAAAGAUGCCCAGAACGAACAAACCGCCAAAGGUCACGAAUACCUUACACUGAAAGCCGACUGUCGCCAACUCAGGGAAGCUCUAGACAAGAAAGACAAAGAGACGUCGAGACUACGAGCAGAAUCUGAAGAGAAAGACAAAUCUUUAAAAAGAUUGCAAGCCGAAGUCGACAGACUGACGAACGAUUUGAUGGAGAAAGUAACCGAAAUGUCAAAAACUAAAGAGAGCAAUAAAAGCGAAAUAGAAAAAUUAAAAACAGAAGUAAAAGAACUGAGACAGGAACUCUCCGACGUAUCCCUCAGCGGAUACGAAGGGAUCGAAUGUGGGAGGACCAUGAGGGGAAUUUACGACGUUUGCAAAACGAAUGAGUAUCACUGGACCUCGAGCGACAGCGCUCUAGAGGACGCCGAGGUGCAAAGACUCAACGGAGAGCUGCCGGACUCGUGCGGGGACUCGUGCCCCGCCAGCGCCCUGGUCGACCGGCUCAAGUGCGAGGUGGAGAAUAAGGAAGCCCAGUUUAACAACGAAAGAAGGAAAUGGUCGGAGGAGAAGGACAAAGUUCUGAGAUACCAGAAACAGUUACAGAUGAACUACGUGCAAAUGUUCAAGAGAUCUCGCACCCUCGAGGCCGAAAUCGACGGCCUGAGGCUAGAAUUAGAACUCUGCAAUAAGAAUAUGAAGAAUCUGAACCAACACAAAACCAUAGAGUUGUAAAUGUACCAAAUUAUAUAGUUUAAUAUUUAUUUAUGUUUACUAAUGCUUGUGUAAAUAAUUUGCGUCCUCUUGCCGCGUGGUCUCGAUGGUUGUCAGUUAUGGAAUUGUCUUGCUAUUGUUUAAAGAUAGAUCUGAUUGGUUUAUUGUCAUUAUCUUUCUUGCUCUCGUGAGUAAGAGAUAGAAAUCUAUCAAGUGAAGAGUAUAGAUAUAUCCUAGUGUCUUUGAUUUAAUACUACUGAACUUUUUAUUUAAUUUUUAAAUACUCAGCUGGCAAUUUAUUUAAUAUCACAUUUAUAAAUUAAAUUAUUGUACAUUUACUAGCAUAAUAAAAUACGUAAAUUUAG